AUGGCCCACAGACCCAAAUCCAAAACGGGGAAAGCGGAACGAGCCUCCUUUUUCGGCGCGAAAAUCGCGGCCUCCAGACAGCAUGAGGGAGAAGAGCCUGCACAAGAUGGCGGCGACCCGGGACCGCAGGAACACUCCUUCUCACCUCGCUCAUCUCCCACACAGAGUGCAGAAGAUCAACCACUCACGGUGAGGGGAAUGCGCUCACUAAUGUCAGAAUUCUCAGACACCAUACAGAAAAAUAUGCAGCUGCAAAUACAAGCUAUGACAGCAGACUUACAGAAGGAUAUACAAGAUAUUGGGACUCGCACAGCUCAAAUGGAGUCCAAGAUGGACGAAUAUGCGGAGGCUCACAACAGCCUGGCAGACAAACUCCAGGAAUUUGAAGUAAGUCUGGAAGCGCAUAGGCUAAAACUGGCUGACAUAGAAGACAGGGCGAGGAGAAACAAUCUCCGGUUCAGGGGAAUCCCGGAAACCGUUACUAAUGACGAACUGCAUAAUUACUUGUCAGACAUGUUCCAGUGCCUGGUCCCAGAAAUCCAUCCGGACCAACUGAUUAUAGACAGAGCACACAGGCUACGCAGGCCGAAACACUUGCCGCAAACGGCUGAGAGAGAUGUAAUUGCCAGGAUACAUUUCUUCCACGCAAAAGACAAGCUCAUGCGAGUCAGCAGGAAUUCGGGCAUGCCGAAAGAAUACAGCACAAUCAAAAUCUUCGCGGACCUGUCAGCGGAUACACUGCAGUUCAGGAAGUCAAUGUCGCCGAUCACCUCCAUCCUACGCGAGCACAACCUGAGCUACCGAUGGGGGUUCCCUGCUAAGCUUUUGGUCUCCCACCAAGGAGCGAUACAUUCUAUUACCAACACGAAACAAGGUAUCCAGAAAAUGGGUGACUGGGGGCUCCCUACACCGACACCAGAACCAGCCAAGACAACAGCGAUGCCAAGGAAGUCACCAGAGUGGACUGUCAAAUGA